UUAGAGUCUGAGUCUCGCGAGGCCGUUUGUGGCGCCAUUAUGUCACGCAUGAUAACGACGGUCCUAGAGGCCCACCCGUACUCUCUGUAACGCGGCAGCCGUUAUCCUUCAAGCCGGUCUCCCAGUGUGGCAGCAUGAGCUCUCCUAGAGAUGUGUCCUCCCGGGGAACCGAUUUCGGCCCGGAGGCCGGAGAGCACACCGAGUUCCGCCCAGCCAACCCCACACCCCGGCGGCGGCGGCAGCGGCAGGCACGGGUCCUGUGGCGGGACUCUUGGUCUCCCCGGGGCAACGAAGGCGAGGGCGUGGUCUCAGGCCACGAGGGGGAGCACAGCAUUGACCUCCCAGCCGACAUCCUCCCUGAGCUCACCUCGGAGUUUGAGGAGGAACUGACAGUUUCGAGAAGGGCAGUGCUUCGGGGCUGCGAAGGUCGGCCUGGUUCCCCGGCAGAUGAGGAAGAGGACGCUCCGCUGGACAGCAUACCCUACGUCAACAUUGAGCGUGCGUCCGUGGUGCGGCAGAUGUCCAACAUGGAGGCCCAGGGCACCCGCAGAUAUUCGUCCAGGUUCCCGGCCCUGUACGUAGAAACCGGUGCUGCCGAGCUCCCCAGUAGGAGGGUGGAUGCCAAAGCAGGUCCCAGCAGGAGAGGUGCAAUGCCCUUGAGCCGUGUGCAGAGGCAGCGACACUCUGCUGUUCCUCUCCACCCCAGUGGGCCCAAGAGAGGCCAGGUCUGGGGGAACCUGAAGAGGACCACCGAAAGCAGGGUGGUGGUCAGCAGGGAUGCCCAGCUGCCCUCUUCUGACUCCGACCCGGAGUCCAAGCCUUCAGAUGAAUUCCAUGGGAUGCAGCCCAUAAGAGUGUGCAUUUCCCGCAAGGGAGGAGGCCAGGCCGGAUCCACCGACUCCAAGGAGCCAGAAGGUGUGACCAGAGACUUGAAUAUCCAUGCCCAGGCUAGUGUCCCUCCCUUGCAGGGCUCUCUGAUGAUCUCUGCUCCCAGGAAACUCCCCUCAGCCAUGGGAAGGCAAGCCUCAGGACAGAUGGAAGUCUCUUCCUCUAAGAAAAUGCAAAAUGUGGUCUGGGCCAAGGCAGAGGGCGGGCCCAACUAUCCAGGAGCAGGUGCUAUUACAGGGGCACCGCCCAGGGCCCCAACUUGGAAAAAGGACCAAGAGAAGAAAUCCGCACGUGGUGGCUCGAAAAUUAUCCUUGGGAGAGCCUUCACUGCACAGGGGCAGAGAUUCAGAUUCAUUCCCCCGGAACCAGCCACCUUGCCACCAAUCUCAGGCAUUCAGCUGCUUGGGACGCCCAGGGGGUCUACCUCGUUGACCUCUGGAUCCAAGCAGGGGGGCCCUGGGAGGAAAUCCUUGGCCAGGAGAGCAAGGGAGUCCCAGCCUGUGGUUGGAGAAGAUGGAGAUGCAAAUACUGAUCCAGCCCCACAGGCCCAAUUUCCAAAACACAGGCCAAGGCCACAUUGCCUGAGCAUGCGUCGCGGAGAAUUCACCAGUGGUGAUGCUAACACCAGAGCCCCUCAGGUUCCGGCAGUCUCCCAGCCUUUGAUGAUGACGACGACCACGACAAUGACGAUGACGACGACGACGACGACGACGACAACGACGAGCCAGGGAGGCCUCCCGUCCAGAGUCCCUGUACUCUCUGAUGACCAGGAACCAACUGUGCUUGCCCCAAUUCUGGAAAGGCAGCAGCCACUCCCUGGAGCACAGGGCUGCUCCCAGUGCCUUGUGCUCCAGAAAGAAAUAGAUGACCUCAAAAAGCAACUAGCGGCCCUGCAUUCCCUCAUUGAUAAGUUCCAGACCCUUGGAAAUUGAAGCCAGCAUCUUCACAGGAGACCACCAGCUAAUACCUGUGGAGCCCGGGAGCUGGGGUCAGGCUGACUCCCUCCCCUUCUUCAGUGACAGCCUCCUCUCUGUCUCCCUUCUGCCCCCUG